GAAUGGAGCGCUGGUAGGCUUUUGAUUACGUCACUCGUCCGCGCCGUAGGAUUGUGCAUGGGAGACACGAGCUGAAUAUGGACACUCAGAAUGAUGCACCCCCACCAAAGCAGCAACCUAUGAUAUACAUCUGUGGAAAAUGUCACACAGAGAAUGAAAUAAAAGCAAGGGAUCCUAUCAGAUGCAGAGAGUGUGGUUACAGAAUCAUGUACAAAAAGAGAACUAAAAGAUUGGUUGUAUUUGAUGCCCGGUGAAGGAACCAGAAUAUGCAUCUAGUUUACUUCAGUUUAUUGUAAAUUCUUCAUAUGUUGUCUUUCGUUAUGGGAAAAUACGUUUUUUUUCCCAUUCUAAUAGUGUAAUUUAUUCAGUCAUUGCAAUAAAGUUGUACUCCAGUA